UAAACCACACCUCCUCUCUCUCUCUCUCUCUCUGUGUCUGUCUCUCUGCUCUCCUUCUUUCUUGUUCUUCAUUUGACAAAGCUAAAGAUGAUCAAACAAGCUUCAUUUUGUUAUACUUAGAGAAAUAUAUAGAAAUAAAAAUAGAAGCUUUGCAUGGUGUUUAUGAUAAAUGGAAAAUUCGAGUUUUUGUCAAAAUAGAAUAGUGAGGCUUCCGCCGGGUUUUCGAUUUCAUCCGACCGACGAAGAGCUUGUUGAUCAGUACUUGAAGAGGAAGGCCUUGGGCUUAACUUUGCCAUCGUUUAUUAUUCCUGAGAUUGAUCUUAGCGAGCAUGAUCCAUGGGACUUGCCAGGUCCAAUGGAGCAAGAGAAGUACUUCUUCAACCUUAGAGAGGCCAAAUACAGAACUGGAAGCCGAAACAACCGAAAAACAAUCUCCGGCUACUGGAAAGCAACCGGCCGAGAUAAACCAGUGGUCAUCUCGAAGAAUAAUCAAGUUGUCGGAAUGAAGAAGGUGCUAGUUUUCUACAAAGGAAAGCCUCUUCAUGGUUCUAAGACUAUUUGGAUCAUGCAUGAGUAUCGCCUAAACUCCGGCCUCAUCGAUAAUAUGAAUUCUUAUGACUGGGUGCUCUGUCGAAUUUUUAUGAAGAAGAGAGCUACCAAAAUGGAAGGCAAGAGUUAUAUCGAUUUCGUUAGGCCGUGUUCAUCGCCGGAAUCAAGCUGUGUUACUGAUGUUGGUGGUGAUCUUGAUGAUACUAGUUCAAGAAACAUUGCUUAAACUUGAUGUUCUUUUUUCUUAAUUAUAAGUUAACUACUUAUUAAUAAUAAUAAUAAUAAUAAUAAUAAUUGAUUA